UACAAUCUGACGGAAUGCUGGAUAAGCAGCAGUCCAUUCACGGUGACGCUGACGCAUACACACGGUGCCCGAGCCACACCGUUCGCGCCGGUGGUCUCCGAGAGUCGGCCUGGUCACCCGUGGAACCGAUCGCAAUAAUCGAAUUCGCGAGCCGCGGUACCACUGUCCGGUACACUUUGAGACGGUUCAAAAUAAAAUUGGCGAUCCUUUUAACGCGAAUGUGAACAGUACACGGGACAAGAAGGGUCUCUUUCGGGGUGGCUUCUGUGCGAAAAUCGGCAGAAAAUCGACCAAGUGAAGUUCUCGCUAGCAACUGGAGAGAAGAAGCAGAACGAAGCGGAAAAGGAGGAACUCGAUUAAUGAUGGAUUGAUAUCAAAUUAAACUUGUACUAGUCACUUGUCGGAGGACUGCGAGACUCCGGCGAGUUAAUUGAAUAAUUAGACGAUCGGAUAGAAGAACUGUCUUGUCCUUUCAAACAGUGCUGUUGGACAAUUCUCAGUCCGGCACGUCGUAAUGCGGCCAUUAAUAAUAAUAACGCACUGAGGAGAAGAAGACUAUUUCUUAAAUCGGACGUACUUGCCAUACUCUGCGGUCAACAAAAGUCAACGGACUUGCCUUUGGCUCCUCGACUACCUGUCUCGUCAACAAACUUAUGGCUAGUCUGAGAUAAGAGCAACCUACGGGCGGCCUUCGAGGUCGGGUCGAGGCCGAAUGGAAUCGCUGGACCGGAGCUUCGACACCUUCGGCACGGCCGGCAUGAUGGACGGCACGAACACGUGGUUGCCGCGCGUCAUGGACAACGCCACGCACAGCACCAUCGUCAGCGCGGAACUGUCGAGAUUUCCGAAGCCCUUGAGGACCUUCGCGGCAGUAGUGGCGAUCAUCAUCAUGAUUAUUGGUCUGGCCGGCAAUCUACUAACGAUCGUUGCCUUAUGUAAAUAUCCCAAAGUUCGCAAUGUUGCAGCGGCCUUUAUCAUAAGCUUGUGCAUCGCCGACUUCGUGUUCUGCCUGUUGGUGUUGCCCUUCGAUUCUAUCAGAUUCAUCAACGCUGGUUGGGCGGACGUACGAUUCUUUUGCGUCUUCGUGCCCUUCUUGCGAUAUGGAAACGUCGGCGUUAGUCUCCUGUCGGUCGCAGCAAUUACUAUCAACAGAUACAUCAUGAUAGCGCAUCACGCCAUUUACAGCAGGGUUUACAAGAAAUACUGGAUAGCCACGAUGAUAGUCUUCUGUUGGCUGUUCUCUUACGGGAUGCAGAUACCUACUCUGGUGGGAGUGUGGGGUAAAUUCGACUACGAUCCCAAUCUGGAGACCUGUUCCAUUGUCAAGGACCGCCACGGUCACACUUCCAAGACAUUCCUUUUCGUCAUGGGAUUCGUGAUCCCUUGCCUAGUGAUCGUCGGCUGUUACGCCAAGAUAUUCUGGGUGGUGCACAAGUCAGAAUCGCGAAUGCGAAAGCACGCCACACCGACGAUAAAGUCACCUCACACGCCCGGAAGGGACAUUAAGGAACUGAAACAGAAGCGCAGCGAAUGGAGGAUCACGAAGAUGGUACUGGCGAUCUUCCUCAGCUUCCUCGCGUGCUACUUGCCGAUCACGAUCGUCAAAGUGGCCGACGCGGAAGUCAGAUGUCCCGAGUGUCACAUUCUGGGAUAUCUGCUGCUGUACUUUGCGUCGUGCGUAAACCCGAUCAUCUACGUGAUCAUGAACAAGCAGUACCGGCAGGCGUACGCCGGCGUGAUCGGCUGCUCGUGGCUCAGAGCGAGCCUAACGCCGUACGGCAGCAGUGCGCCGGGUGGUGCCGGCGGUCUUCAGGCCCAUCAGCAUGACUACGCCCAAGACUACUCGAAGGACUUCGGCAAAACGAUGGUGUCGACGGUCUCUAUCGCUAUGAAUCCCGUGAGAAGUUCGCAAUUCCAGGAAGAGUUGUGAGGCUAACGUCGAGAAAAAUCGCACGCGAGGGAGACGUCUCUCGUUAUGAGAAGAAGGGAGAAAUGGAAGAAGAGAAGAAGAAGAAGAAAGAAACUGCCCCUGAUAACAGUGCAAUAGUUGUCGAGCUAGUUUGCAUAGGUUUUUUUACCUCGUCUGCAGAUAAUAAAAAGAUGAAACGUUUUAUAAUUAUGCUAUCGUUGUAGAGCGAAAUACUAUUAGAAUGUCGGAUAUUGCAUAUGUAUUUAAUUACCGAAACAUUCGCGGAAUAAACACAAAGUUAUUUUCUGCCGGAUAAUGACUUUACGAAAAUGAUUUACCAAAGAUUGUCAUGUGUCGCUGUAUUUUACAAUAAAAUACGAACACUUCGC